CUUCAUUUUUCUUCUACACACUUCCAUUAUUUUCAAACGAUCUCUAAACGGUUGUUCAACCUCCCCUCCGACCGUUGACCCCGACCGCCGCCGUCCGUCGCAACCGAUAAAACCGCCCGUCGCUUCUCGCAGCCCGGAAAGCAAGAGAUAGAGAGAGAAAGAAAGAGAGAGAAUGACCUCCUCCUUGCUCGCUUCUCUCUCCUCCCUCGCGCCCUACCUCUUCUCCCUCCUCGCCUUCCUCGCCCUCCUCGAGCAGGUCUCUUACAUCAUCAAGAAGCGCUCCCUCCCCGGCCCGCCCCUCGUCCUCCCCUUCCUCGGCAGCGCCGCCCGCCUCGUCGCCGCCCCGACCGCCUUCUGGGACCGCCAGUCCCGCCUCGCCGCCUCCUCCCCGCUCGGCAUCUCCGCCAACUACGUCGUCGGCCGCUUCAUCCUCUUCAUCCGCGACACCGAGCUGUGCCACCGGGUCUUCGCCAACGUCCGCCCCGACGCGUUCCACCUCGUCGGCCACCCCUUCGGCAAGAAGCUCUUCGGGGAGCACAACCUGAUCUACAUGAUGGGCCAGGACCACAAGGACCUCCGCCGCCGCAUCGCCCCCAACUUCACCCCUAGGGCCCUCUCCACCUACACCUCCCUCCAGCAGAUCAUAAUUCUCAAGCAUCUCAAGAGAUGGGUCCAUCUCUCGUCGCCUCCGGCGGCGGCCGGUGAGACGCCGAAGGCCAUCGCGCUCCGGCUGCUCGCCCGUGACAUGAACCUCGAGACCUCCCAGACAGUCUUUGCUGGGCCGUACCUGAGCCAAAAAGCUCGCGAGAGGUUCAAUGUGGACUACAACCUCUUCAACGUGGGGCUGAUGAAGCUGCCCUUCGACCUCCCCGGGUCCGCGUUCCGGAAGGCGAGGCUCGCCGUGGACCGGCUGGUGGAGACGCUGGCGGGGUGCGCGGGGAAGAGCAAGGAGAGGAUGGAGAGAGGGGAGGAGCCGUGCUGCCUGAUCGACUUCUGGAUGCAGGAGACGGCGAGGGAGGUCGGCGCCGCGAGGGAGGCUGGGGAGGCGCCGCCGCCGCACUCGGGGGACCAGGAGAUCGGCGGCCACCUCUUCGACUUCUUGUUCGCGGCGCAGGACGCUUCCACCUCGUCGUUGCUGUGGGCCGUCACGCUCCUUGACUCGCACCCGCAGGUUCUUGCCAAGGUGCGCGACGAGGUCGCCGGAAUCUGGUCGCCGGAAUCGGAUGCGCUGAUCACCGGCGAACAACUGAGGGAGAUGAAGUACACGGAGGCGGUGGCGCGCGAGGUGGUGCGGUACCGGGCCCCGGCCACGAUGGUCCCUCACAUCGCCGGGGAGGAGUUCCCGCUGACCGACACCUACACCGUUCCCAAAGGCACCAUCGUCUUUCCCUCGGUGUUCGAGUCCUCCUUUCAGGGGUUCACUGAGCCAGAUCGGUUCGACCCGGAUCGGUUCUCAGAGGAGCGGCGAGAGGACCAGAUCCACAAGAGGAACUUCUUGGCCUUCGGGGCGGGGGCCCACCAGUGCGUGGGCCAGAGGUACGCGCUCAACCACCUGAUGCUCUUCAUCGCGAUGUUCGUGAUGUUGAUCGACUUCCGACGAGACCGGACGGAUGGCUGCGACGACAUCACGUACGUCCCCACGAUUUGCCCCAAGGACGAUUGCCGGGUCUUCCUAUCAAUGCGAUGCGCCCGGUUCCCUGAGCUCUCGUUGCAUUGACCCCAGGCCAAAAGGUCGAAAAUGCCCCGCCGGCGUCAAGACCCCCCAAAAGAAGUGUAUAAAAAGCGGUUGGAAUUCGUGGGUGGUACAGUGAUUGUUGGACUUCUCAAGGGUGUUUCAGUCAAAUGAAGCUCAAUGCUUCUUCAAUUUUUUUAAUUUUUUUUCUCUUUUUUAAUUGUUUAUUUAUUUAAGUAUUUUUAAUUUCGUCUCUAAUUCUGUGGGCAUUUCCAUACAUUGCCUUGACAGGUAGGGUUAUAUUGGAGGGGAGUGGCGUGGUGGUAUUGAUUGGCUUGGGUUGAUGUGUGGGGGGACAUUGGAAUUAUCAAUUGAAUUGAUAAAAAAAAAUAAAAUUAUUUCUUUCCCUC